AUGCGUAGGAAAAGCUUCUCUUUUCAAAAUGUGUCAGAAACUGUUGUUCAAGAGAUCCGAAAGCUUCUGCUGGUGAAUCCCAUGCUUGUUUUAGCUACAAAAGCGGCUAAUUUAGGUGACAAAUAUUCAACAAAGGAAGUUAACAGGUAUUCAAGAAAAUGGCCUUCACAAAAUGUCUCAAAUUCGAGAACUAUAAGAAGUGAUCCUGAAAAACUGUCGUGUCGUGAAUAUAUGCCUGCUGUCUGGCAGUCCUUUGUUACACACAGAAUACUUGUGCGAGCUUCAGAUGAUGGUGGUAGUAGUAAUCAAAACCACCCUAUCUAUUUAUCAGAAUGGUUGUUGCCGCCACUAAGUUUGGUUAAUAAAUUUAUAAUUCGAGAUGUAUAAUUCGAGGGUCUCUGAUAGGUAAAGGAGGUCGGAACUUAUCUUUAUUUUCUUGGUACAGCCUUACCAGUGUGACUUUCAGCGGAGUAAUCAGCCUUG